CCAAUGCUGAGAAGGGGACGCUUCUCACGGCAGUGCACUUUUUCUCGGUAUUUUAGCAUAUCCAGGAGUGGUGGGAGAAGGCUUGGGCCCAAUCCCAAUGAGUCCCCCUAAACCCUGACCCCUCACUGACUUAAUUGGCGUCACCAGUUUGCCAUGGCGGAAGGUGAAGAUUUCUCCCUUUGUGGAAAAGCAGCUGUAACUGAGGCUAAUCUGAGGGAUGAGUACUAUUGGAAGCUUGUUGCAGACUUCAUCGGCCCUCAGUCGGGGGAAGGAUUAGAGCUUUAUCAGGCACCAUGCCAAAACAGACUAUUGAUUCAAGUUGGACUUCUGAGAGAGGACAAUAACUUCCCAUGGGCUGCCAUCAUGGAGUGGCUGAAGAAAAUCUUCCCGAGUCAUCAGUCGGCUGACUUUCGUCGUUUGAUUGAAACAGGCAUUGCAACAACAUUGAGUCUUGGUAGUGAUGCGAGGCUUUCCUUCCUGGAAUCAGAGGUCAACUUUAACUUUGUUGGUCCAAUAUGUGACAGCAUUGGAGUUGAACGAGAACAUCUUUUGAAAAUGAGGGAUUUUUCAGAGCGAGCAAAAUCAAUUGAAGUCACAAAUGGAUUGAUUCUCGAGUUGAGCAACUUUGUCUCCAGGGAGAAAAUUGCCCCAGUCAUUUUAGUUACAUGGCUUAGAAACUUCAACUGUGAAUUUUGUAAGGAUGGGGAUACUCAGAAGGCAUAUAAAGUCCUUAGGACUAAGAUAAAAAAGUUAAAAGUCCUUUUCCGCAGUUAUGAAACAAGAAGGCACAGGAGGAAGGCAGCGAUGGAAAGUCUACUCCAAUGUACAUUUGAACUGGUGCCAAAAAAACCUGAUGCACGGAAAUUUGUUGUGAAGAAACGCAUGAAAAAAGACGACUUUGCAAAUAUUGAAAAAGUGACAAUCAAGGAAGAAUAUGAGAACUAUGAAAUAUCACAGAGCGAGGAGUUGGAGAGGAACGGAGCAGUUGUAAGGAAAAAAAUACUGAAUGAACAUUCCUCUGUGCAUGAUGGUAGGGAUGAGGACUUGGAUGGAUCCAUCAGUGGAGAAGAAACCUCAGACAACAAAGGAGAACCCCUGACCUUGCUUGACAUUGCAAUGCUGUCUGUCCAAAAGCUGUUAAGUGUGUACUGCGGGAAAACCACAGCUUGCAAGCAAGUUUCCUUGGAUCUCUUAAAAAAUCAGUACACCCUAACAUGCAAGGAGCACCCAGCCAUGGCAGAGAUGGAGAAAAAACUCGAAUCACUCUCUAAAGACAUUUCAUUUGCCUCUCCCGUGGUGUUUUUACACUACAAUGCCAAUUUCCUUGUUGAUGUGCAUGAUGCCGUUGAGCGGCAGAUUAUGGUCUUUGAGAGGGAGAUCACUGAGUCAACAGGAGAAAAACUAGGCCGUGAUAGGCUUCCAAAAUUCGUUAACUUCAAGAAUUUGUCCGAAAGUGCAACUUCACGCUACAUUCACAUGGCUUGUGACAUCUUGAGCCCUCACACCCCUGAUAGGCAGAACUACAGAAAACACUGGGUGGCUUUCUGUGACGAAAAGAACAACCCCUCCAAACUUGCAAUGAAUCAGUCAAACCGAUUCAACAACUACUUUGAAGCUGCGGCUGGCCUUAUUCACCAUCACAAAGAGGUCGCUCUCUUCUUCUCUGAUUUGCUGUCACUGAACAACGACGAAUGCCCAAACAUUAUUCUGGAGAGUGUCGCUGCCGAUGCUAGUGAUUCUGUGAUUCAGAGUCUCGUGUGUGUUCUGGCUAUUGUUUACUGCAAAUUCCUUGGUCCUUACUGGCAGCUUCUGAAAAGUGGAGGAGAGUACUCACACUACAGCCAGUACAUGCUCUGUCUCUACCAAAAGUUCAUUGAUUGGUCCAAAGAUCCGUCAACACUGCUGGAGCCUGAAGAGACCACAAAUGUUUUUCUGCAGUUCCCAUUGCAGGAGAAAGCAUUUAAUGGGAUUUUUCAUUACUGUGGUCAGUGGCACACAAAUAGAGACCUAAUCAGAGCUUGCCUGAAGAGGACCAUCAAGGUGAUUGCUGCCGUCACAGAGGAGCACCUGAAGGAUUUCUUACCUGGAGGAAAAUUUUACCAAGUCCCCUCUCCAGAUUUGAAAAUGCAAUUAACAAGUUGCACGUUCUCUGUCUUGAUGGCAAAAUAUCCCUUCGGCCACGAGUAUCCUUACAAGAAGAAAAGACCCGACAAGUCUUCCAAGCGCUCCUCACAGAAGCACUUGUCAUCAGAAUCGGACAGCUCUCAGGAAGAUAACGGCGGGUCUUGCUCAUCUGAUGACAGCUCCGAUGACUCGUCUGAUUGGCGAGCUAAAAACAAUUCCCAUCUUGACCAAAACGGCGGUAAAAAGGAAAAGACAGGAAGGGGAUAUUGGAGACGUGACCUGGAACAAGAAGAGUGUGAGCAGAACAUGGAUAAGGAUUACAUAGUAGCUACCGUGGAGAGAAAUGGCGGGCCGUGCAAAUCACAGCAGGAUGUCGACAAAAUGAUGCUGCGUUUUGAUGGAAAAUCCCGAGCUGAGAAACGGGAAGCGGUUCGCUGUGAGAUCCUGUACCAGAAGAUGGUUCUCCUCAACACAGACCCACACUUGAAUGGUGGUUUCGCCAACAGCACAGACAUGGUGUUGAAGCUUAAGCUCGCACUUCCUCGUGUUAAACCUGGAUACUCUCUUGUUUUAGCCCCUAGAAAGACGAGAAGAAAGCCUGUGUUCCAAGACAUAACAGAUGCUGAGGUGGUUCAGAGUGAGAGCAGCAGCACAGGAGAACACUGAUUCCACCUGAUACUGAGCGAUAGUCUCAUGUUAGGAUUAGCCUCCCCUGGCAUUUAUCACGUUCUAUCUAGUUGGAUUCUGUGUUUACAAUUUUAAAGGA